AUUCAGUUUACAACUUUCGCUCGAAACGGACGUGCGACUUUGUCCGCAAAACGCGUUCGAGUGGCAAACAAAGGAGAUAAAUUAAAUAAAACUCAAAUCACCGAAUGCACAAAUAACGCGUACUCAAAUAUAUAAUAUACUAACUUAAAGUGAGCUCAUCGUUAAGAGCCAACACUGCGUAUGCGUGAUUCGUUUAUAUGAAGCGAAGGCACAAAACCCUAUACUACAUCAAGAUGUACAAGAGAAAGGCCUAAACCUGCGUAUUUUAAACAAAAAACUUGUGAUUUGCGAUAAUAAUUAGUAUUAAUAGAUAAGGGUUUACACUAAUCAAAACAUCAAGUUAAAGUCAAAGUCGCGUCUAGACGUCAUCGUCGUCCUUAUUAAAUUAACACGCUCCCAAACCGGUCAAAAUUGCGCCCGUUCGGGUUCACGCUGCGCCCAGCCCACCGCCCACUGCCACCCACCAGCCCCUCAGCAACAACAACAACAACAUCAACAACAACUUAAGCAACAACAACAUCAACAGCAGCAAGACGACGGAAUCCGGCACAGUGGGUCACACUGCCGCAUCAACCACGAUAUCGCGGCGCCACAGUGGGCGUGGCAGUGGGAGUGGCAGUGGCAGUGGCAGGGUGCCCAGCAUCCACAAGAAGCGCAAGAACCACUGGCCCUUCAAGAUGCGGGUGAAGGUGUCCAAGCGCCUGUGGUUCCACCGACAGGCGUCCACCAAAAGCGACAGGUUCCCACAGCCAAACGAAGUAACAGAAGGUGCCUUACAAGUCUGGCGAACUCUGCCGGAGCGCAUUCGCCAGGAUCCCAGUUUAGCGUCCUUUCGCCAGGAGCACGAACGUCUGCAUGGCGAUGUCGAUCCCUUGCAUGCGGAUGAGUCGGAGGUUCGGGUGCAGAAUGGACACCACGAGGAGACGGCGCUGGCCAACCAGGCCUUUACACAGAUCGGGAUCAAUGUGACAAACGAGGCGGGACAAGUGAGGGUUUUGGACGGCAGGGACCUGGAGAACAACAACGACGAUCAGCAUGACGAAAACGAGCCGCAUGCCAAGAGUGUGAUUCGAAAGUAUCUCAUCUGGUUCAAAAUAGCCGUUUUGCUGGUGGUCUGGUGCGUUUUCACCGCCUUUUUAAUGUCCAACAACGAACAUGUGGACCAGCUGAGCCUCAUCAGUGUUCCUAGGAAUAACUCACCGAGAGUGUUUCCCAUCACCACCUCCAGUCUGCAAAGAAUUGGCCUGGGCCUUCGAGGACCUUUUAGGCUGCAGGAGAAUGAGUUGGCCCUCAAUGACAGUGUGCCUUUGCCGGUUCUCCAAGUUCAGGUGAUGCGCAGCUACUUCGACGGCGAUGGCUUGGAGAUCUACAUCCAGAACGUCAGCCAAUUGUGGCAACUGGACGUGGUCUAUUCGGACUUGAUCGAUGGCACCCGGGACACGAAGAAGCAGAAAACCUUCGAGCUGCGUCCCAUCGAUCCCAUGUGGUUGGCCCAGGCGAAUCGCACGGAGUUGAGUUUCGAGUUCACUUGCAACAUCGAAGGGGAGUUGCCGCUGCAGCUGAACGUGGAUGAGUCUCCGAUUUACAAACGGGAUGGAGUGAUUUAUGCGGCGGCGGUCCUUUGUGGACUCUACGUGAUGAUCAUCUGGGAGAUUGUCAAUCGAACCUUUGCCGCCAUCAUUGCCUCCACACUAUCGGUGGGCAUUCUGGCUGCACUGAAUUCGCGACCCUCGAUGGCCACCAUCAUGGGUUGGAUCGAUGUGGAGACACUGCUGCUGCUCUUCGGCAUGAUGAUCCUGGUGGCCAUUCUGUCGGAGACUGGGGUCUUCGACUAUCUGGCUGUGUAUGCCUACAAGAUCACCAACGGACAUGUGUGGCCCCUGAUCAACUGUCUGUGCCUCUUCACCGCUGUUCUUUCGUCCUUUUUGGACAAUGUGACCACUGUGCUCCUGAUGACCCCGGUGACGAUACGACUCUGCGAGGUCAUGUGCCUCAAUCCGGUGCCCAUACUCAUGUGCAUGGUCAUCUACUCGAACAUCGGAGGAGCUCUGACUCCCGUGGGAGAUCCACCCAAUGUCAUCAUUGCCUCGAAUAGCUACAUAUCCAAGAAUGGCGUCAAUUUCGCUGUCUUCACUUUGCACAUGUUGCCGGGAGUUCUCCUGGUCAUGGUGCAAACUUAUAUCCAACUGCGCUUCAAGUUCCGCAACAUCAGUGAUCUGCAGUUCAAGGAUUCUCCGGAGGUGGAGGAGCUGCGUCACGAAAUCCAUGUUUGGAAGCGAGCAGCUGCCAGCUUAUCUGCCUAUUCCAAAGAUGAGGAACUUGUAAGGCAAACCCUGAUGAAAAAGGUGAACCGCUUGAAGAGAAGUCUCAAGAAACGCAUGACGGCGGUUAUAGAACCGGCACCCAAUUACCAGCAAACUCUGGCCAAUCUUCAAGCAAAGUACCCCAUUCGCAACAAGCCUCUGCUGAUCAAAUGCUCUGCCGCUUUGGUCUUUGUGAUCAGUUUGUUCUUUUUGCAUUCGGUUCCGGAGUUGCAAAGAUUGUCCUUGGGUUGGACUGCCUUGCUGGGUGCCAUAUUCCUUAUUAUCCUGGCAGAUAUCGAGGAUAUGGAGGCCAUCUUAGCUCGUGUGGAGUGGUCAACGUUGCUCUUCUUCGCCGCUCUAUUCAUUCUUAUGGAGGCCCUGACGGAGUUGGGUUUAAUCGAGUGGAUCGGCAAUAUGACUGAGGGCAUUAUCCUGGGAGUGGGCGAGGAUCAGCGUCUGAUGGUGGCCAUUUUGAUAAUACUAUGGGUUUCUGCUGUGGCCUCUGCUUUUGUGGACAAUAUCCCACUGACAACGAUGAUGGUGAAGAUCACCAUAUCAUUGGCCCAAAAUAGCACUUUGAAUCUGCCCCUGCAGCCUUUGGUUUGGGCUCUGGCUUUGGGCGCCUGUUUGGGAGGGAAUGGCACUCUGAUUGGAGCCUCUGCCAAUGUGGUUUGUGCAGGAGUGGCUGAGCAGCAUGGCUACAAGUUCACCUUCCUGCAGUUCUUCAAAGUUGGUUUUCCAAUCAUGAUUGGCAGCAUUAUAGUCACCACGGGCUACUUGCUCGUCUCGCACUCUCUGUUCGCGUGGCAUUGAUGAAGGGCCCCCAUUUAGGAAUUGACUGUGUCGAUUCGCAACAAGGCGCACUUUACCUCGUUACCUAACGAACAGCAACUGUUCCAGAUGCCACACACUCAACACUCCACUCAUCGUGUUUUCGGAACCGAAAACAGCACCAAUCUAGAGGGGAAUUGAAUACCUUAUGCGAUGGCCAUAAGUGUUAUUUCUGAACCAAAACAAAAAAACACAGAGAAACAGAAACGAAGAAUAUUACAUAAAAAUACAUUUAUUUUUACACAUCGUUGUUAGUGUAGUGCGUAGUCUAAAUAACAAAACAAACAACAAUUAAGAGAUUUAAAAUAAAUAUAAAUUAAUUAUUUACAAUUAAUAAUGUCGCUGAACUGUGAAACAAUUGUUAAAUGUUAAAUGUAUGAAUACGAAUCAAAUAAAAACGAAACAAAUAAAAUACUAAA